UCUAAACGAAAUCUCUAUCUGUUAUUAACUAUGUCAAACUUUGUCUAUUUCUGUGUGGCCUUUAUUGUCAUGUGCGGAAGAUUCGGUUAUUCUAAUCUCCAUUGUCAGAAAUAUAGUUCUGAGAGAUUUAAAGGUGACGAAAAACAGACCUGGUUGGAUUAUAAACAUGUAUGUGAAGCAUCAGGUGGAUAUCUCGCAAGUAUCACAACUGCCGAUGAACUAGCUGCCGUCCUCGAAUACAUGAGGAAGCACUACGCUGGCGUUAAAUACGCUAUCGGAUUAUCACGCCAGGCCGGUUUGGAGCCGAAUGAAGAUGCAAACUGGAAGUGGGAAACAGGAGAAGAGUUUGAUUCUUCUAUUAUUCCAUGGAGUAAAUUUGAACCUAGUGCGGUUGACUCUGAACAUUGCGGGGUUAGGUUAAAUAUCAUCAAUGGUCAAAUCUAUGACAAACCUGCCGACCUUAAAACAACGGGAUAUAUUUGUGAAUUUGAUUGCUUGUAUUUUCAAUCUGUGGAGCCUCGUAGAGUGACUAUGGAUGUUUCACACGUGAGAUGCGCGCUACGAUGUCUGCGACAGAAAGCGUGUCACGGAUUUCACAUCGAUGAUGCUGGAUGUCAGAUUGAAGGGGAGACAAAUCAUGACACUAAAGGACAUUAUGCCAAAAUUUCGUAUUUUUAUGAAUAGAAAUAAGUUUUAUAGUACAGUACGGUACCUGUACGAUAUUUUAAAUUAUCCUUUCUACUUUCUACUUAAUGAAUGUUUUAAUAAGCUUGUCUUAGACAGUGAUUUUAGCGAUUUGCUAUAUAAUAUUUCAGUAUGUCAGUCUUGGUUAAAUUGCAUGAUAGUACUAUAAUAUAAUAUUUUGAAAGCUAUAAGAUUGAAUUAAUACAAAAUUGUUUUUGUAUUUUACACUCUGAUGGCUAAAUAAAUUCAAAUCAAAUCAAAGCAAACAUAUCGCCCUUGGCUGUAAAUGAAUAAAAUAAAGAAAUAAAUAUAUUAUAAAAAAUACAAUCCAAACAAUGUAUAAACAUUGCAUUUAUCAAAUUGUUUAUUCAUAAAAUAAUUAACUGAAAGUGAUACUAAAAUAUAAAUUUAAUUUAAUUAUAGGCCGAAUAGCAGUUAUUUCAACAAACUAUUAAUUAACGUAUAGUAAUUAUUAAGGACAGAACUUAAACACCCAAGUAUUUAUAUCCUAUGUUUCGCUUUUAUUUAAUCAUCAUCAGGAAUAAUACAUAAUACAACAAAAAAAUAAAGUACAGUAUAAACAGUACAAGUUGCCGGAAAUCCGAAUUAAUAUGCUCUAAAUAGAUAAAUAAUUGCCUCAUUUAAAUAAAUGCAUAUUAAUUAUUGUUUCUGGCAACUUGUACUGUAUAUACUUUGUUUUGUUGUUGUUAUUCCUGAUGAUACUUAAUCGAAAGCAGAAUAAAAUGGCCUUGUUAAUUUUUGGAGUGACAUUCCUAUUAUUUGUACUUAAACUCAUUGCACAUCCUAAUGAUAAAAUCUUUAUUAUCCCUGUUACACAAUGAAUUUCAAAAUGCAUAGGUUUAGUGAAAGUCCGAUAGCUUUUAUUAUAUCACCGUGUUUUCUUGUAAGUACGUUAUUCGUUAAUCAAUAUCGAGCACACAGUUUUAAUAAACAGUAAUUACCAUUCGAUAUUGUAGGCCUGUUUGAUGAUUGUUAAUAUUGUCCUUUUUUGGAAUUGCUGUAUUUUCAUUAUACCACACCACUAAGAUAAUUUACUUUUAAAUGGCAUAGACAAAUGAUUACUCUUAAUCAAAUUCAAGAUACAAGUUUCCUUUAUUCAUCUUAAUAUAAAAUAUAUAUAAGAAUUUUUUUUCAUCGUUGAUAACGUUAAGGAACGCAGUGUAGGCCUACACUCUUCGAAAAAAGUAGGGGAUUGUUCCCGGUGUACUACCCAAUCACCACCAGAAGCACCCCACUGAAAAUAAGUCUUCUUCUAGACUUUCCUGGGCUAUCCUUGGUGUUUACACGGAAUAUAUUAAAUCAAUCAGACAAUCAAUCAACCAAAUCGAUAACAAGACAAGACAUUUUUUCGAUAUGAUCAAGAGAAUCUAGCACCAGGCUAUUUUCUGUUGUGAGACUUGCUUGGUCUUACUUCUAUUCUAUCCCCUUUCCUUUCUUUAUUUCACUGCACAUGACACUCAUUUACAGUACUACCGUAUUACUUUCUAAGUUCUCCCUAUGUUGGGAUCCCCCCCCCCCACAGAGUUUUUAGCUUUGCUCUAUGUGAAUACUAAAGACAAUACAAUAAUAUUAUUAACAAUGAUGAUGAUAAUAAUAAUACUCAUAAACCCCCACAUUUUCCUUAUCCUCUCAAUACGGUACAUCAUGGAAUUUCUUCUUCUAGCCUAUUGUAUACAUACACGU